AUGGUUGAUAGAUUAACUGACGAACAAAUUCAAGAAUACAAGGAAGCUUUCUCUCUCUUUGAUUCUGACUCUGAUGGUACCAUCGUGACCAAAGAACUUGGCACAGUCAUGAGAGCCCUCGGUCUCAAUCCAUCACAAGGUGAAUUAGAUGACAUGAUCAAACAAGUUGAUUCUAACAAUAAUGGUACUAUUGAUUUCAAGGAAUUUUUAGUUUUAAUGCAAAAGAAGAUGACUGACAAUGAUUCUGAGGAUGAAAUUAAAGAAGCCUUCAAAGUAUUCGACAGAGACAAUGAUGGAAUUAUUAGUGCUGCAGAAUUGAGACACAUUCUCACAUCGAUGGGUGAAAAGUUUAAUGAGGAGGAAGCUGAAGAUUUUAUUAGAGAAGCUGAUACUAAUGGUGAUGGUCAAAUUAAGUAUGAGGACUUUUGUAGAUUAAUGAUGUCAAACUAA